AUGCCCACCUUCGCCAACGUGGUCAAAGGCGGCGCAGCGGCCGCUGCUGAACCACCGCAACCCGCCUCCACCAAAAUCGCGCCCGCGCUCGAGAAAGCUAUCGAAAAGCCCGUCGUCACCCAGCCCGAGCCGUCUCCGCCGGAUGAUCUACUCCCAGAUAGUGUCCUCGUCGUCAGCAAGCAUCAGCGUCGCGCCCAACGGGCCCUACAAAAGAAGCAGGAGCAGCAGGAGCGCCAACAACAGAAGGCCCAGCCAAAGAAGCCCUUGACUCAGCCGAGGAGGGACCCUGUUCAGGAUGGAGAGAAGUUGCGCGACGAGAAGGAAAAGGAGGAGAAGACGCAGUCUUCUGCCUCGCAGCUCGAAGCCGCUAGUGAAGAUCUGGCCCUCGAUUCUCCCGUCCUCCUUCCGGCUCCGCUCCCAACAGUCAACGCGUGGUUCAAAGAAGCCCAAAAGACGGAGACGGUGGUUGCUGAUGAGGGAAAGGAAGCGACUCCAUUGCCUGAUGCUAAAGAGAAAGAGGUCACUACGGAAGAGCCGCCCAAGGCGCCCGAAAAUACGGAAUGGCCUACGCUCGGUGACGAGUUGGCGGACGAGAAAACGACUAUUGAAACAUCGCCCUCUAGUGAAGGAGUCUCGAAGAAGUCGCCCGAUGAGGCUGGCUCGAAGAAGCCAGGCAAAGGAAACUGGAAGAAAGUUGAAAUAGAGGUUGAGUAUCGUAAGCCGGAAACUCGCCGUAAUACUCACUCACUUAAUACUCGAGCUGAGAAGAAGCUGUCAACAAAUGACGUGCAUGAGGGGGAGUCUGGCAAGAAGGACUCUACCACGGUCACCAAUGCUUCUGCCACCGAGACGAACCGUUCGGCCCCAAAGCACAACACCGGUGCUACGCCUCAGAACUACCGUGCCCCUCCACAGGGAAAAGGCACUGGAUAUGGAGCCUACCAGGUUGCUAACAACAAUAACCGUUACCAACCACGCAACAACUACGUACCGAAGAAGAUGUCGGAUGCUGAACGUCGUGCUCUUGGCCCUCUGCCGGGCUGGGAAGAGAUUCAGGACUGCGAGCCCGACACUGACUACAUGGGAAUGAUGGACGCUCAAUAUAACAAGUACUACCAGAAGGCUGUCGGUCCUCCAUACGACGUGGGACAUCAUCCGAACGAUCCGGCGCUGGAAGCUAUUCGACAUGCCAAGCAACACAUGGCCACUUUUGGAUGCCGUCCGCCUUUCCCGCCGGCUCCGCACUAUCCGGUCGCUCAGCCGAUUUACUACCCGCAGCCAUAUCCAAUGUAUCCGCCGAUGGUUCCCGUACCAUCGCCGCAAACUCCAGUCUUCUACAAUCAAAUGCCGUACAGCCCGGUCCACACCCCGGUGCUGUUCUCGCCAAUGGUUUCGCCAACUAUCGACGUCGGCGCACUCCGCAAGCAAUUGGAAUACUACUUCACCAACGAUAACCUGCAACAGGACUUCUGGCUUCGUCGCCACAUGAAUACUGAUGGAUACGUGCCAAUUGGGAUGAUCAUGCAGUUCCCGCGUGUCCGUCACAUGACGCAGGAUCCUCGUAUCAUCGUGCGUGUCCUGCGUGAAAGUGACAAGGUUGAAGUGGACGAUGCUGGUGAACGAGUUCGCCCGGUCGAGAAUCCAGAAGCUUGGCCGCUCCCGCCAGGGGUCAAUGGCCCCGACACCAAAGAGGGACAGCCGGCGGCUGGUAGAAAAAACUCGUUGCGCAUCCGAAACAAGAAGCCUGAUAUCUUCUCAACUUCACCCGUACGGAAGCCCGACCGUAAGCCAGAGCUGAAGCCGGGAGAGCUGCUUUGUCCAUUCUGCCAGAAACAGGCCAUCAAGAAGAACUCAGCCGGCAUUUGGAAGUGCAACGGUUGCCAACGUGAGUCGUGCAGCGGUGACUACUUCGCCAACGAGGAGCGCCAACGCACGAUCUCUACCUCGUCGGGAAAAGCUAUCAAACAU